GAAGAAGAAGAAGAAGAAGAAGAAGGCGUAUCAAGAAAAGAGGGGAAUUUAAAAGAGGAACGGUUCGUUUCCUUUUGAAAAUUCGGGAUAAUAAAAACGUUUUGAUCAUCUUCACAGAGAGACGGGACGAUAUGUGUUUUGUAUGAGUAGAUCCUGUGCUGCUGGGGACUGUUUUGGUCGAAUUAAACCAGGAUGAAGAAUUCCUCGUCCCCUUUCUCUGCUUCCCCAUCUCCUCACCCAGCCCCACACCCCCUUGCCUCUGCCUCCUCUCUGACUCCCUGCCCCGAACUAGACUUGUCCAUCACAGUCAGUCCCGCUUCCAAGACGGGCAAUACACACCUGAAGCCCCGCCCACCAAAGACAAGUCAGACUAUUGACCAGUCACAGCUGAAGUCCCGCCCCCAGGGACAGACCAGAAGAAAGGGCAGCACACAGGUGUGUUUUGAAGAGCCAGUGGUCAUCACAGUAACACCAGAGCCUCACAGCACAGUGAGCCCAGAUGUCCCGUCUCAGCAGGCAGUCAGAGGCCAGAGGAGGAGCAGAGGACGACACCAUGGUGGAGCCCAAAGACAUUCAGUGGAGCCUCCUCCUGCAGCAUCCAAUCAAGAUCCAGGGUGUCUAGAGAGGGCGGAGCUAAACACCACUUUGGCUCUGAAAGCGAAGCUUCAGUCACUACAGGGGGAGGAGUUUAACUCCCAGAAGGCCAUUCAACAGACUCUACUGAGAUCAGAGAUGACCAAAAACCUGAUUAACACCAGAGCUACUGAAGGAGUGAAUGUCGCUCGCUCUCAGCAUCUCUUCACCUCACUGGUCAGUAUCAACAUGCAGAAGGAUCAGCUGAUCAGCCAGGCAAUGCAGGAUAGGCUGCUGCUGCCCUCACCCACCCACUCCCAUGACAGCAAAGCAACAGAUGGCCCAUCCCUCCUCCCUUUUAUGACCUCUGACCUGUUCAGACAGAAGCCCCUCUCACCAGAGGAGGAGGCAGCUGACUGCAAGCUCCGGCCCUCACCAUGCCCCUCCCACUCGACAUUUGACCUUUACAGUCGACAGAGACGCUGGGAGGCGACACCCUGACCAUGGAUGAGUUACAGUACUGGACCCCAGAAUGGUACCCAUCUUUGGGCCUGCUAAAAUUUGCUAGGAUUUGGGUUUGCUUCCAUGCCGUGAAGCCCAUUGCACAUAUGCAAUAGUAUUUUCCCUGCUGGCCCUGCCCUUGCAUUCAUGCACAAUCCAUAGACUUUACAUUGUGAUGGUAUCACAAAUUUUAUAAAUUAUGAAUCUCCAUGGAUUAAAAAUCCAUAAUAGAAAAUAUAAAAACCAAUCUUGUUUGCAGUAUAUAAUGUUGGUCUAUGUGGAUUUUUUUUCAUUGCGAUACGAGUGGCUACUAGGGAGCAAAUUGUCAGGAAGGCUGAGUGGUGGUGUCGUAUCCAGUUCUCUAGAUCUAAGGCACUUGACACACAUAGAUGAGCUCUGAAGGUACUGAGAUUUUCAUUGGUCAGACUGUGUGAUAUUACUGAAUAAAACAAUAAAUGUGUAGUUAAAUUUUA